GGGAGCGCACGGCGCCUCAAAAUGUCCUCCAGUGGCACCCUCAGCAACUACUACGUGGACUCGCUCAUAGGCCAUGAGGGCGACGAGGUGUUCGCUGCGCGCUUUGGACCGCCGGGGCCCGGCGCGCAGGGCAGGCCCACAGGUGUGGCCGACAGCCCGGCCGCUGCCGCCGCCGAGUUUGCCUCGUGUAGUUUUGCCCCCAAAUCGGCCGUGUUCUCCGCCUCGUGGUCCGCGGUGCCCGCCCAGCCCCCGGCGGCGGCGGCGAUGAGCGGCCUCUACCACCCGUACGUGCCCCCGCCGCCCCUGGCCGCCGCCGCCUCCGAGCCCGGCCGCUACAUGCGCUCCUGGAUGGAGCCGCUGCCUGGUUUUCCGGGCGGAGCGGGCGGCGGCGGGAGCGGCGGCGGGGGCGGAGGUGGCCCGGGCCCUGGUCCCAGCCCCGGCCCCAGCGGUCCACCCAACGGGCGCCACUACGGGAUUAAGCCAGAAACCGGAGCGGCCCCGACCCCUGUCGCCGCCACCUCCACCUCCUCCUCCACUUCCACGUCUUCCUCUUCCAAACGGACUGAGUGCUCCGCGGCCCGGGAGUCCCAGGGGAGCGGCGGCCCCGAGUUCUCCUGCAACUCGUUCCUGCGGGACAAGGCGGCAGCGGCGGCUGGGGGAACCGGGCCCGGGGCAGGGAUCGGGUCCGGGUCCGGGGCAGGCGGCUCGUCGGAGCCCUCGGCUUGCAGCGACCACCCGAGCCCAGGCUGCCCACUGAAGGAGGAGGAGAAGCCGCAUCCGCAGCCGCCGCAGCAGCAACUUGACCCAAACAACCCUGCAGCAAACUGGAUCCACGCUCGCUCCACCCGGAAAAAGCGCUGUCCCUACACCAAAUACCAGACGCUUGAGCUGGAGAAGGAAUUCCUCUUUAACAUGUACCUCACCCGGGACCGGCGCUACGAGGUGGCAAGGAUUCUGAACCUCACAGAGAGACAGGUCAAAAUCUGGUUCCAGAAUCGUAGAAUGAAAAUGAAAAAGAUGAGCAAGGAGAAAUGCCCCAAAGGAGACUGA